AUGUCCGCGGUUGAUAUCAACAAGGCGCUCGAAGAGCAAGAGGAAGAAAACUUCUAUAUCAUCCACGCUGCGUUCGCUUGCUCAUUAUUGAGCACUGUUUUCACGGGAGGACUUGGACCUCACUACGGUUAUGGACCAGGAUUCGGCGGAGGUGGUUUCGCGUUUGGCCCUGGAGGUGGAAAUGCACUUGGAUUUGGAGGAGGUUACGGGGGAGGUUAUGGAGGUGGUUACGGAAGUGGCUAUGCUGGGGGCUUCGGAGGAGGCUUUGGAGGAGGCUUUGGAGGAGGCUUUGGAGGAGACUUCGGAGGAGGCUUCGGAGGAGGCUUCGGCCCAGGACUGGUCGGUGGUGGAGGCUUCGGCGGCGGGCUAGGAUUUCCAUUGGGAGAAACUUACUUUGGUGGACCCGGCACGUUCGGCUACGUGAAAACUCUUACUGGUCCAGCAUAUCUAGUGAGAAAAGAAAAUAAAGUCAAGAAAAUCCACCCAGGUAUUCCGAUUGCCGCUCACACAGGAAUCGGUUCUGGACCCGGCUUGCUGAAAGGAUGA